AUGACAACUUCAGCAACUCCAGCAGCGCAAUACAAGGCGGCUCACCAGAAAGGUCUAUCGCUGUUACAGAUGCUGGAAGCCAGCUCUGAUGAGCUUGGCGAAUUACUGAAAGACACAGGUAUGCCAGCUGAAAGCGAAUAUCUCAACUACAAGGAUCUCUUAGAAUACAAAUGGUUCGAGGUUUCAUUCAAGGACGAUUCCAAAACUCUGAUGCGACUGUCGGAAGACCUUGGAAUCAAUACAUUAAGCAACAUUCCUGUUUCUCAUAAUCACCGCGGCCUUAAAUCGAUAAAAGGAUUACUACAAGGAGGACUUUCGAUGCAGAUUCACUUUGACUCAGUAAUAAGCCCUUCCGGUGGUAUGAUCGCAGCCAUGAACACGUACAGUCCUCUGGAAGAUUGGAGAAGGGCGAGAGCGGAUGCGGAGAAGACCACUGGAAAGGCUGAACUGAAGCCUACCGAAAAGGACAACGUUGGCGAUGACAUCCCUAGUCUAAAGUUCUGGUCAGAUGUCGCUUACCUGCAAUGGGCCAAGCAUACCAAAGUCUUAUCCGACUUGCGCUACGUGAUGCGAAUAAGCAUCAUGAACACAAAGACGAAAGCUGUUGUGCAGCACAUUGUUAAGGACGCUCCAGUCAACGGAGAUGAAUCGUACUCGUUCCGCAUCGACGACGACCGUGAUCACGUAGCCGCUCUCCUAGGGACACCGAACGGAGCUGGCGUUGCUUGGUUGCUCAUACAGCAUAAGCGGCAACUGGGUCAUAAGACAGUUAACAAGGUAACGCUGGAUUGUCAUGACAAAUCGAUCAUGCCCAGGGACAACACGAUAGUUCCAAGCUUGGUGUUCCACAUUCGCGACCUGGUUGCUCCGGGCGCAGGCCGCGAGGAAGUUGGUUUGAGGAAGUCGCUAUGA